AAAAAUCUAUAAUUCAUGUCACGUAUACUAUAAAAUUUCAGUACUGGCAGUGAAUUUCGGAACGUAACCAAUAUGUGAUAAUGCAAAUUUUGAAUAAGCCUUUAGAUUCCACGUGCGAAUGAACAACAACCACGCUCACAAAACGAUGUUUCGCGCUCUUACCGUAUGAAACCUUCGUCAAAUGAGGUUAACUUUUAGCUCUUGUGUCUUUAAUUUUGUUUAAUUUGACAUAAUUCGUUUAAUGCGGUAUGAAAUAAUUACAUAAUUAUAUUUGUUAAUCUUAUACAUAUUACGUUAUGUGAAUUUUACCUAGGAUAACAAAGUAUUUAUAUAUUAACGCUUUGCUAAAAGUAUACUUUUUAAACGUGUAUGAAUUCUAAGUAAUAUGACAGACUGUGAAAAAGAUUCUAUAACGCACUUAAAUACUCAAUUAAAUAAGUCCAUGGUUUUAAUGGAGAACAUCGUGGAUACCCCGCCUGAACAUCCUCGACAUAGCAAAUCUAUUAAAAUAAAUACAACGGCACAACCACGUAGCGCAACCAGCAGUCCUGCGGUUAAAUCACGCAAGAGUAUCUUGAAAAAAUCUGAUAGAUCGUUCAGCGAAAAGUCAACGGACAAGGAAAUUACACAGAUGAAUGGCAAUGUCGAAAGUAUAAGCGAUUUAUCACAGAGAUUGGUGACGGCGCCAAAUACAACGAGACCACGUAAUCUCAGAGAAUUGAUUGAAAGGGAAACGCUAGUUGUAGAAUCUUCUGAAUCUUUUAGUCUGAACGAUAUAUCAGACAAUGAAGAAAUUUGGAUCAUGGAUAUUCCCAAGUCAAUAGAUCCAAAAGAACUACAUGGUCAAAAGAUAACUCUGGGUGACAAAUCCAAAAUUAAAAUUAAAGGGGAACGAUAUUGCACAACUGCCCAUAACUUCAAAUGUAAUAUCACAUGUGUCCUUAGCACUGGAAAGGAAGAACCACUGUAUAAGACAGUUAAUAUCAAGCCAGCUGGGUUAUUAACAGUAAGAAGAAAAUUGUCUGUAGCAUCAAAAAUGAAGCCUAUAUCUUCAGACAAGAACUCCAGCAUACCUCUAUUUCCUAAUGAGUUGAAAAUAAGACAUCCACUUCUUGGUAUUAAUUAUGAUAGUAAAGUUAGAAAAAAAUCGAAGAAACGCCACUCAAUUAAAAAGAAAAAAUAAUAAAAUAAUUUAAUUAAAAGGAAAUAAAAAUCUUAAUAUGAUCUUA